GCGAGUAUUUGUACACAACGCUGGCUUCACCCAGAGGUCAUCGAACCCAUCUUCUUCUUUCGUUGUCAUGCCAAUCAUUCAGACAAGGCUGUAACUGUCACCGGUCGUUCCAAAGGUGGCAUCGGGCUUGCUUUGCGAAGAGUGCGCGCGCCGUGGCUGCAACAUGUAUGUCGCCGCUCGCGGACUCGAGACUGUGGAAGGCUCCAGCCAGGCCGGGAUAGAGAGGCUUAUGGGCGAUGAGAAAACUCGAACGUUCAAAGUGUAGUCAAGAGGGUCAUGGAUAACUAGGAGGUCGCACCGGCAUGGUUGUCAACAACGCAGGAAUCAAUUGUUCAGGCACGGCUAUCGAUGUCGUCUUGGAUGUCGUACCGCUUGCAGUCCUCCGUAUCUGCAAGGUCAUCUUUCCCCAAAUGGCUACACGCAGGUCCGGCAUUAUCGUAGACUUAGGUUCAGUUGCUGGCGAAAUGUACGUCUUCCUUGGCACUUGCCUUCUAUGAGAACCCCAAAUUCACAAGUUGACACGCG